CACACACACAAACUUUACUAUUACAUAUAAUAAUUAUUUAUGUAAUUUUAUAAUUAGAGCGUUGUAAAAGGAUUUCAUAUUUCUCCGAGUUGAAUUAAAUAAGCGCGGUAUUUAAAUAAAGUUUAAAGUUCUUAAGUGGGCAGUGUCGCAAUAUCUAGAAAUUCUUGUUGCUCUUAGAAAUUCAUACAGUUGUAAGCUCGUUUCACUGUUAGCCUCGUCCUCCAAACUUUCCGCUGAAAUAGAAACACUGUUUCGCUAUUAAGAUGGUUCGUCGCCAACGGCAAGUUAGACAAAAUGGUGCAGAAGCUGCAACGGAUAGCGAAGAUCAACAGAAAGAGCCCUGACACACGCAUCUAUGAAGUCUUUGUCAGAAACUUGACCGUGACCAAUACCCAAACAGAAAGCGCGAACGUCUUCGAUAUUCUCAAGUCACCGCGUCUAGCGAAGAACACCAUUCUGCUAAUCUUGUUUUGGUCCUUGACGAUGAUAGCUUUCGAUGGCCACGUAUACUCCCUCAAGCUGAUCCAGAGCUCGGUGUUCGUGUCCUUCUCUCUCGCUUGCGCGACCGAGCUGCCGGCCGGGCUGUUGCUGACGUUGCUAUUGGACCGCUGGGGUCGCCGAUUUUGCGGAUUUAUCACUCUGGCCAUGACUUGCCUCUUCAGCUUCGCCGAACUGCUGUUACAGUCGAGUGAGCACAUAUACACAUGGGCUUUCAAAUGUGUCUUUCGAAUAAAAUCAAGCGGUCCGCGACCGUGCC